AUGUAUUCCGACGAAGAUGGGAUCGCCUCAAAAGAAUCAGAGGCAAUCUAUCGGGCGCAAGUACGAAAGUUGUUAUACUUGACCUCUGCGUUAUCAUUCUCGGGGGUCAGCGCGAUCACUCUAGGUGGCGGAUAUGCAAGGGAAGAAUUAUCUUGGUAUACACCCGGUGUUUUGAGCAAGCUGUCAUGGCCCAUCAUUUCAAUUUAUAGCACUUCUUUGCAUUGGCAAGAACACCCACCCAAACUAUAUAGCUCAGUUAUCGGAGGGUCGCUUCUGGCUAUUUUGAUUACCUUGACUGGGAUUUAUACUAAACAUUUUGACGAUGAGACUGAGUCUUGGAGUAUAUCAAUUACUACAUCAUUGGAGAUAUGUCUGGCUGCUCUUCUGGCCAUUGUUCAAAUCUUAUUUCCCCGCCGACCGCAGGUUUUCCUCGCCGAUGGAAGGCUCGUCGAUUCAGAAAGUAGCUCUUCAGCAGUUUCACGGUACUCUAUGCGGUGGUGUCAAAAUGCACUCAAGAUUGCAGGCCAGAGUCUUUCACUAGAUAAACUCCCGGCUCUGAACUAUGGGACUCGAUCCAUCUCCCAGCCACGGAUUGUGCUCUCUGAGACUUCGCUAUGGAAUCAUAUUUUAUCUGAACGUUUUCGUGGAUUUGCAAAGCAAUGGACGCUCAUGGUCAUUCGAUCAGUCAUCACCUUUGGCUCACCUUACUGCACUAUGCAGUUAUUGAGAUGCUUGGAGCAGAGUGGUGCGCCCACAAAUGCCGCAUGGAUCUGGAUGAUCGGUAUCACGGUCUCAGCCGUGUCCGAAACCGUUCUUCAUUAUCAUAUGGCUUGGAUCCAGUGGUCGGAGAUGGGAAUCCCAGUUCGUGCACAGCUCAUAAUGGCGAUUUACUCGAAGCUUUUGAGGGUGAGAGAUACCAAAUUUACAGGUGAUAAACCCGAGGCGACAAAUCUAUUAUCCUCUGAUGCGGUUUCAUUCAGCAAGUUCACAGCCGUGAACUACAUUUUACCAUUUUCGUUCGUCAAGUUUCUCUUUGCCAUUUUGUUUCUUUUGAGACUCCUGGGAUGGAGAAGUACUGUUGUGGCAAUUGUUGUGACAGUCGGAAUCGUACCUAUACAUAAAAUGGUCAUCAAGCAGGAACGAGAUGCGAAAAAGAGAUUAACGGGCGCAAGAGAUAAGAAGGCAAAAACGAUAUCUGAAGCGGUGGGUUCUCUUCGACAAAUAAAAUUUUCUGCCUUGGAAGCACAAUGGGAAGAACGUAUUGAAUUAUGUCGUCAAGAAGAGAUCAAGCAAAUACGCCAGCGAUUUAUCGCCACGAAUAUCCGAUCCGCGUGGAACGUUGCGUCGCCCUUUCUUGUUACCACCGCAGCAAUUCUUACCUACGCAUACACUGAAGCUGAGGUCUCUUCGUCGAUUAUCUUUCCCAUGAUUGAGCUGCUGCCACAUCUCCAAGGCACACUCGGAUUUGUGCCCGUUGUCUUUCAAGAUUAUUUUGACGCUCGGGCAAAUGCACAGCGUAUGGAAUCAUUUUUGAGAGAAUCCGAGCGAAAGGAAAUACGCAGUCCCAGCACCCAAGGCUCAAUUUCAUUCAAAAAUGCCUGCAUUAAAUGGCCUUCUGAGGGGUAUGCGACGAAGCCAGACACCACUCGCCAUUUCUCUCUUCGUUGUACCGAUCUCGAGUUUCCAGCUGGUGAGCUGAGCAUUAUACAUGGGGAGACCGGUUCAGGGAAAAGCUUGCUUCUCGCAUCUAUACUCGGAGAUGUGGAUCUAAUCAGUGGAUCUAUCAUCGCACCCUCAAGCCACCCAGUCGCAUACGUCUCUCAGACUCCAUGGCUCCAGAACGCCACUCUGAAGGAGAACAUAUUGUUCGGAAGUGAGUUCGACGAGAUCAGAUAUCGGAAAGUACUUCAGGCUUGUGCACUCGAGACCGAUCUCGCGUCUCUAUUGAAAGGAGACCAAACGCUUAUCGGGCUUCGAGGCGUCAAGCUUAGUGGGGGUCAACGUGCCCGAGUCGCUCUCGGAAGGGCAUUGUACUCAAAAGCGCAGUUGUUGGUCCUGGAUGAUAUACUAUCUGCGCUUGACAGUCAUAUCGCAAAAGCUGUUUUCAAAGCGCUGACUGGUGAGAUGUGCCAGGGGCGCACAAGAAUACUUGCCACUCAUCAGGUGGCUUUGUGUCUACCAAGAGCCAAAUAUGUUGCCAAAAUUCGAAAUGGCUCCGCAACAGGCAUUGAGAAUGUUAGUUUUAUGGAGAAUAAUGUGGGAAUAUUGGAAUCAGAAACUUCGGUGCAAACAACCCCGCCAUUGAAACAAGAAACAACAAAUAUUGUUGGAAGCAAGACAAAAUCCAAGCUCUUCUUACCACAAACUGACUUGGAGACAUACAAAAGCUAUUUUGCCGCUGCCGGGGGCGUCAAGUUUGGCUCUCUGUGUGCAAUUGGGCUAUGCGGUAAGCAGCUUGUACUGGGACUGACGACAUGGACACUGGGGAAAAUCAACUCCACGCGCCCAGAGAGGGCAGUUGGACUUGGAGAAGACACUGAUCACGGCAGCCCCAAGUUCUUUCUCGGGUUAUAUCUUUUAGCUUCUGUGUCGGCCGUUAUCUUAGAGCUGAUGUUCAACGCACACGCCUUUGCAGGAUCCAUGCGUGCCUCAACAGAUCUAUUCCGGAGAAUGACAAAAAAUGUACUCCGCAUGCCACUUCUAUGGCUGGACAACACUUCACUGGGAGAAAUUUUGAUAAGAUUCAAUGCGAAUAUCAGACAAGUGGAUGAUCUUCUCCUGGAAGCCAUGUCGGGAUUUGUUGACUGUAUGAUCAAGCUUUUCAUCGUCCUCGCAGUCGGGAUGUAUGCAUCUAUAUACACAAGCAUUUUGGCCUGUAUUUUGAUAUACUGGUGCUCAACGGUGGCCGAGGGCUAUGUCAAAGCCCGAAAACUUGUGAAACGCGGUGAAUCAGAAGGCAAUAAUGAGAUAUUGGAAUAUUUUGCCACGUCUGCAGCCGGAGCCUCAACUAUCAGGGCAUUCGGGGCGGACAGGUUUAUCGAUCAAAUGCACCACCGAAUUGAUAACUUGACAAUCUCCCAGCGACACUUUUGGAUUUUCAAUCGUUGGCUUGGUCUACAAAUGUCUCUUUCAGGUAUUCUCUUCACAACUGGAGCAGGCAUUAUUUUAUUAUUAUCGAACUCUGUGACGGAUCCAUCUCUCAUGGGAUUUACUUUGACAUUCUCGAUGGGACUUGCCAACGCAUGCUAUACAGCCGUAAAUAACUUCGGCAUGCUUGAGACCUAUAUGAAUGCCGCCUCUGGGGUGGUCUCUUAUUCCAAUUUAGAACCUGAACCACAAGGGGGUAAGUCCCCUGCAGAAUGGCCCUCUAAAGGCGAAAUUCAAGUUAAUAAUCUGAGCUUGAAAUAUUCUACCGAUCUUCCACUUGUGAUAAACGAGAUCUCUUUCCAAGUCCGUGGUGGGCAACGAAUUGGAAUAGUCGGUCGCACAGGAGCAGGAAAAUCAUCAUUGACACUAGCACUUCUUCGCUUUAUGAACCCAGCGACUGGCUCCAUCAUAAUUGAUGGAAUUGAUAUUUCCGAGAUUCAGCUACAACACCUUCGAUCGAGAAUCGGAUUCGUUCCGCAAGACCCGGUUUUAUUCUCUGGCACAAUCAAGUCUAAUCUGGAUUACUUCGGGCAGUUCUCACAGCAAAGUCUGAUCGACGCACUUCGACGCGUGGGACUACUCGCAGAAAACGAUAACGAAAAAUCAGGUUUUUUUACGUUGGACUCACAAAUCAGUGCAGGAGGAGCGAACAUGUCACAGGGCCAGAGACAGCUGUUGUGCCUUGCGAGAAUAUUUUUGAGGGGGCCAAAAAUGGUCAUUCUUGACGAGGCAACUUCUGCUGUUGACGACAAAACAGAUCAAAAGAUUCAAGAUGUGAUUCAGAGGGAAUUCAAUCGAACGUUGCUUGUUGUUGCCCAUCGGCUAAGAACGGUCGCAUCCUUUGACAAGAUUAUUGUAAUUCAAGAAGGCUGUAUUGCAGAAUCGGGUACACCAGCUGAACUAUUGAACUCAAAGGGAGUAUUCUAUGAUAUGGUGCAAAGUAGCGAGGACAGAGAAUUCGUCACCAAAAUUGCAUUGGAAGGUGGCAGUUACUGA